AAGGCUCCAGUCGGUCUCUAAGGCGCCAAAGUCCAGCUCUCCUUAGUUCCAGCAUGCAGAAGGACUCCUCCUCGAGCGGCUUCCUUCCCAGCUUCCAGCACUUCGCCACGCAGGCCAUCCAUGUGGGACAGGAGCCCGAGCAGUGGAAUUCGCGGGCCGUGGUACUGCCUAUUUCUCUGGCCACCACGUUCAAGCAGGACUUUCCCGGCCAGUCCUCGGGCUUUGUAUAUAGUCGCUCUGGAAACCCCACAAGGAAUUGUUUGGAAAAAGCAGUGGCCGCAUUGGAUGGGGCAAAGCACUGUUUGACCUUUGCCUCAGGGCUAGCUGCCACCACAACGAUUACCCAUCUUUUAAAAGCAGGAGAUGAAGUCAUUUGCAUGGAUGAAGUGUAUGGAGGGACCAACAGGUACUUCAGGAGGGUGGCCUCUGAAUUUGGACUGAAGAUUUCUUUUGUCGAUUGUUCCAAAAUCAAACUGUUAGAGGCAGCGAUUACACCACAAACCAAGCUUGUUUGGAUUGAAACACCCACAAACCCCACCUUGAAGCUGACUGACAUCGAAGCCUGUGCACAGAUCGUCCAUAAGCGUGGAGACAUCAUUUUGGUUGUAGAUAACACUUUCAUGUCUGCAUAUUUCCAGAGACCUUUGGCUCUGGGUGCUGAUAUUUGCAUGUGUUCUGCCACAAAAUACAUGAAUGGCCACAGUGAUGUUGUCAUGGGCUUAGUGUCUGUUAAUUCUGAUGACCUCAACAAUCGACUUCGCUUUCUGCAGAAUUCCAUCGGGGCAGUCCCUUCACCCUUUGACUGUUACCUCUGCUGCCGAGGUCUGAAGACACUUCAGGUGCGGAUGGAGAAACACUUCAAGAACGGCAUGGCAGUGGCCCAAUUCCUGGAGUCUGAUCCCCGGGUAGAAAAGGUUAUUUAUCCUGGGCUACCCUCUCACCCUCAGCAUGAGCUGGCCAAACGCCAGUGCACAGGCUGCCCAGGGAUGGUCAGCUUCUACAUCAAGGGUGUGCUGCAGCAUGCUGAGGCUUUCCUCAAGAGUCUCAAGCUGUUUGCUCUGGCUGAAAGCCUGGGAGGAUAUGAGAGUCUGGCUGAGCUUCCAGCAAUCAUGACCCAUGCAUCUGUGCCUGAGAAGGACAGAGCUGCCCUUGGGAUCAGUGAUACACUAAUCCGACUUUCUGUGGGCCUGGAGGAUGAAAAGGACCUUCUUGAAGACCUGGGUCAAGCUCUUAAGGCUGCGCAUCCUUGAAAGCUGGUGUUCCAAUGCUGCCAUCAGGAGCUGCCUCCAAGGGCUCAGAUCUUCUCAAUAACUGGACAGACCAUUAAGGACCAUUUGCAGAUUUUACCACUGGACAUUUAGGGCAUGACUCUAAUGAUUUUUAUAGCUGUAACCUUCCUGGGAACCUUCCGGGGAUCUUCCCUGUUAAGGAAUGUCUUCUGUUUAUCUUCUCCCAACUGAUUCUGGUGGUAUCAUCUUGAUAAUUUUGCUACAUUGUGUCUGAGGAAGUGAGAAUUGUGCUGUUUUGGGGAUCAUAUUGCUAUUUUGGGGAUCAUGUUGCUGUUUUUUUUUCCUCUUUUUUAUUUUAUUUUUUUGGUAGCCUAAGAUAUUUUAAUCAGUAUUGAUAUUUUAUGAAAUUAAAUUAUUAAAUGAAUGAUCUUAAAUCAACUAUGUUUUUUUGAAAAAUUAUUAAAAGCAAGGGUUUUUAUUUAAUUACCAUAAGUCAAAACUCCAAUAUUUGAAAACCUACUGUGAAAUCCUAGUGAUUAAAGAUUGUACCUGAUACUUAUUUUUCUAAAAUAAAUCUAAUUAUCAAAUGUA